AUUUGGUGCACAGGGCUACUGGGCUGCCAAAGUAAAGAUGGCGGACUUGUCGGGGACCGAUCUGUCAGAGGAGAAAGACGCCGAAAUUGAGCUAAAGAAAAGACAGAAAAGACCGUGGGAUGAUUUGCACAUGUCCGGUAAACUCGGUAUAACUCCUGAACUGCCAGAAACGUUGGGAUUUUACGAUAUAAACUCUGUCAGGAGGGAGCAGCGGGAGCACCCAGCAGAUCCGUCGUUGACCCGCUUCAUUAGCGCAGAGCUCACCAGAGGCUACUUCCUGGAACACAAUGAGGCAAAGUACACCGAGCGCAGAGAGAGAGUUUACACAUUCCUGCGUAUUCCCAAGGAGCUUGAGAAGCUGAUGACCUUCGGCUUCUUCCUGUGUGUGGACGCAUUCCUGUAUGUCUUCACUCUGCUGCCCCUCAGGGUGCUGCUGGCCGUGCUCCGCCUCCUCACCCUGCCAUGCUGUGGCUUCAGGGCACGCACAUGCCCCUACUGCAGGAGAAGCAGCGGUUCUCGGCUGCUGCAGCCAGCGCAGGUAUGUGACGUGCUGAAGGGUCUGAUCAUGGUGCUGUGCUUCUCCAUGAUGCAUUAUGUCGAUUACUCCAUGAUUUACCACCAGAUCAGAGGGCAGUCUGUCAUCAAACUCUACAUCAUCUACAACAUGUUGGAGGUGGCCGACCGCCUUUUCUCCUCUUUCGGUCAAGACAUCCUGGACGCUCUCUACUGGACGGCCACAGAACCCAAAGAACGGAAAAGAGACAGCAUAGGAGUCAUUCCUCAUUUCUUCAUGGCUGUCUUUUACGUCUUCCUCCAUGCCAUCCUCAUCAUGGUCCAAGCCUCCACACUGAAUGUCGCCUUCAACUCACACAACAAGUCCCUGCUCACCAUCAUGAUGUCCAACAAUUUUGUGGAGAUCAAAGGAAGUGUGUUCAAGAAAUUUGAGAAGAACAACUUAUUCCAAAUGUCAAACAGUGAUAUCAAGGAAAGGUUCACCAGCUACGUUCUCCUGCUCAUUGUUUGUCUAAGGAACAUGGAGCAGUUUGCAUGGAAACCAGACCACCUUUGGGUGUUGUUCCCUGAUGUCUUCAUGGUUGUCACCUCUGAAGUUGCUGUUGACAUCAUUAAACAUGCUUUCAUCACCAAAUUUAAUGACAUCACUGCAGAUGUCUACAGUGAAUACAGGGCCAGUUUGGCUUUCGAUCUUCUCAGUAGUCGACAGAAGAACGCUUGCACAGACUACAGUGACUCAGUGGCCCGGAGGAUGGGCUUCAUCCCUCUGCCUUUGGCUGUUCUGCUCAUCCGAGUGGUAAUGAGUUCGAUAAAGGUGCAGGGAGCUCUUUCAUACACGUGUGUGUUCCUCUUUUAUCUCGGGCUGGUUACACUUAAAGUGUUGAACAGUAUUGUGCUGCUGGGGAAGUCGUGUGUUUACGUCAAAAGGGCCAACAUGGAGGACAAACUGUUUGAGAGGCCAUCCACCGCUCCAUCCUCCUCUGGGAAAACCCCCAACAAAGCUGACCAGGCCAGUUGUCCAACACCUUCAGGUGAGUCUAAGAUGGAGCAGAACCCAGUCCCACCCUGCAGCCCACCACCAUGUUCCUCCUCCUCCUCUGUGACCACCCAGCCAACUCCCAGGAGUGACUGGUUUCCUCCCCAGCCUGCUGAUCCGUCUCCUGCUGCUCUAGCUAGCCGCCCUCCAACUCCACCGCCUGAACCUGAACAGCCUGCACCUUCGCUCUCCAAAGAAGAGGAGUGCGAGGCACAAGGGGCCUCUGAACUGAAGCACAGGACUCCCAAAAAAGACCUGCUGGAGAUCGACCGUUUCACAAUCUGUGGUAACCGCAUCGACUGACCAGCGGCAGCCGCUGAUGUAGCGAUUAACCACUCAGGAAAGACAGAGAGCAAAUGGCCUUUCAGCCCUGCUCUCCUGGCCAACAGCAGCAGAAAGCUGAGUAUUUAUUAAAAGUCAGUGGCAAUACAGUAAGUUAUCGUGAACAUAGACGAUCCUGCUGUUGUUGAAGCCUGAAGUCAAGAAGUUUGGCAAAGAAAACUUCAGCUGGCUGAUAAACAGCGGAAGAGAGAAAGUGUGAGUGUGGCAGCUCAGUGGUGUGAACUGUCAUGUUAGUGUGUGUUUGUGUAUGUGAGUGUAAGGAUGGUUAAGUAGUUGAAGUGAGCGUGCGUUUGUGCGUGUGUGAGAAACAUAUGUGAGAGCGCACAAGCACUUCCUGUCUGAGCAGCACUGGGACCAGAAAGAGAGAAACUUUACUCUCUUUACUUUACUCAUCAGCAAAAAACAUGAAAUGUAAUCCCUGAAUCAUUCAUUUAUUGCUUCAAGUGUUUCCUCUUUUACCUGAUUAAAAACAUAUUUGGGGUACACAUCAGGUGUAAUCCAACAUAUCAACACCAUUUCCAAGAAAAAAGUAGCCUUUUUGGUUACACUUUACUUGAAGGUAUCUACAUAAGAGUGACAUGACACUGUCAUGAACGUGUCAUAAACAUUUAUAAACAAGUCAAAAACGUUUAUGACAUAACGCUUCUUUUAGUAAGUGUCAUUCGUUUUUUUAUAGUUAGGGUUAGGGUUCAUGUGUCAUGUGUUCUUUAAAUAAAAGUGUUAGCACCUUUUUUUUCUUCUUUUUUUUUUUUUACAGCAGAGCCUUUAUAAUCAGACACUGAGCUUACUGAAACAAUUUAUAUCUGGCAAAAAAGUGGAAAGGCAUCUUAGAUGUUCCAAUAAUAAUAAUAUAAUAAUAAUAGACUUGAAGCCAGUGGUUCCUAAUAUGAGGGUCAAGACCUGCACAAGGUGUCAUAAAAUAAACAUGGUGGGUCACAAGGUGAUAAAUAACCCAGGAAAGCAGAAAAAAAACAUUUAUGUCUCACACACAAAAACAAAUUCAGAAUUUUCUUGUGAAUUACUGCAUAAUUAUUGUUUUUUUAAUCUUUUGUGGGUUCUAAAACUUAAAUGAAAUACUGGACUUUGUAUUUAACAAGGGGUCACAAAUAGACAAUGUUUUGUUUUAAGGGGUCACAAGCCAAAAAGGUUGGGAAACGCAGCAUUUAUAAAAUCUGAGUCAAUGCUGCUCAGUCCAGAAGUAAUUGGAGCCUAAAGUAGAGCAUUUUGUUUACACGGCCAACAGAUAAAGUCAUUUUCAGCACACAUGGCGCCUUCAGCUACUGAAGGAGCUUUCAUUAAAGGAAGCAGUCAGUGCACGACAUGAACACAAGCUGCCAAUCUAAUGAAAGCUUGUUGACACUAAAUCUGCUGCUUCUGCCAGCCGUUUACGAGUCCAAACGUGUUUCAGAGGUCCAUUUAAAACUAUGGAAAAGAAAACUUUGUUGGUUAAUAACGCUGAAGAUAAUCUUAAUUUUUCUUCUUGCUUUGGGAACAUUUUUCAAAUUGCUUUAAAUACAGUAAAUUAAACAACAAAUGAUAAUCUGAAAUCCUCUAAUCGUUAAAAAAGUGUCAUCACUUUGCCCCUAAGGAUAAUUAUUACAUUACGCAUCCUUCACCAAGUAACCAGUGUCAUUUUAUUACAAAUAUGGUAUUUCAUUUUUCAUUUGUUUCAGUCUUGAGAAUGUUUGCACUUAUGGACCGUAUUGUCUUAAAUAUGACGGGUCAUGUUUCUCAUUCGACUCUCAAGUAAUCUAAUGUUUACAUAUUAGAAAACGGAAGCAAUAUUUCCACAACAGAAUGCCUUUUUUGCAUGUGUGUUUUACAUUUUGUUGACCUUUGACUGCUAAGAUUGAAAAUGUUCUUUUAUUGCAAUGAAUAAUCUAUAAAUACAACCUGUAACAGGCCA